AUGAUCAUCCCCCCCUUCCCCCUCAACCCCCCCGACCUCUUUUCCCCCGUCGUUGCACCCCACAUCUACCGGUCCGGUCCCCUCCAACCCCUCAACCGUCCCUUCCUCACACCUCUCAACCUCCGCACCAUAAUUCUUCUGCACGCUGAUCCAACGCGGACAUUACAAGCUUAUGCGGCGGAACAGGGGAUUAGGUUGGUGCAGCUGGGCGAGGCGGGAUGGAAACCGGGGGAUGACGGAGAGGGGGAUGAGGGGGGUUGGAGGGUUAUGGGGGAGGAUGUUGUGCGGGAGGGGAUUCGGCAGGUGUUGGACAGACGAAACCACCCGGUUCUGGUAAUUGACAGUUCAGGAAUCCAGGAAACUGGAACCCUCUUCGGCAUCCUCCGAAAACUCCAACACUGGUCCUUCGCCUCCAUCGUUAUCGAAUACAGACUUUUCGCGGGUCCGAACGCAAGAUAUGUUAAUGAGCAGUAUAUUGAGAUAUUUGAUUUGGGUACGUUGGAAAUCGAUGAGGAGCAUUUGCCGGAGUGGUGGGUUGAGCAGGAGAAGAUGUGGGAGGAGGAGUGUAGGGGGGUUGAGAGUAAGCGGAAAGCACUGGAAGAAACGCCGAGUAAUACAUGA